CAGCACUUCUACUCUGCUCAUCUGAAGCUGGCAGACGCACCAAACAGCAGCAGAGAAACAUGGACGUCCUAAUUUUGGUUUUAUUUCUACUUCUGAGGUUCAGCUGUGCAUCGGGAUUCCUCGUCAUGCUGACCCCGAGGAAGUUGUGUCUGCUGAACCACCAACAGGUGGUCAAACUGGGUCGGUGUGACAUCACUAACCCCGCACAGCAGUGGGCGUGGUCGGGCGGCGACAGGCUAAUGCACACUCAGUCUUCUCUGUGUCUGUGGGCCGAUCCGAACCCCCGCCUGCCCGUUCACGCCCGCCUGGCCUACCUGAGGCCCUGCAGCACGGCUCCGGCGUGGAAAUGCGACAGCGAGAAACGAACGUUCGGAUUGGCUGAGGCGCAGAUGUACCUGAAGAAACAGGGGACGCGCGUGGUGAUCAGAGGAAACUCGCAGUAUUCGGACUGGAGCCAAUAUGAGGUGGACUCAGGAGGGAAUCAGCUGAUGAAGUCUUUAUGUCCCGAGACAGGCACGACUCCUGUCUCCACCACGUUAUACUUAUCCACACAUAAACCCCUGGGAAUCACCAGCCAUCAAAACUACGCCAUCAAAACUCCCGCCAUAACUGUCACUAACGAACGAUUACCAAACACGGUAAAAACCCACAGGACCGCCAGACAGGUCACAACCACGAAGAUCCACAGCUCAAUAACUAACGGAGCGUCGUUGUAUGUAAAUGACAUCAACAAACCUCGGACCAGGAGGUCGGUAACGGCAGACUUUAACCCUGAUGUUUCAUCGUCGUCGGUCACGGAGCGGUCAGGGUUCAACAGCAGCCAUGUUUACUCAUCGAGUCCGGAUGCGUUCACGACCGACCGAUCCACGGACGUAUUGGAGAGUGCGUCGUCGGCUAGAAAUGUCCCUGAGGUCGGGACUGAAGCCAAGACGCCGUCAGGAGAACAAGACGUUUCCACCUCUACCUCCUCCUCCUCCUCCUCCUCCUCCUCCUCUGUCUUGUCCUCCUCUUCCUCUUCCUCCUCCUCGUCUACAGGGCCUGACCCUGAAACUGCAGCUGUGACUCUGGUUCCCUCCACAGUUUCCUCACACAUGAACACAAGCAGCAACACAGACUCUCUACUCAUUUCUGAGGUUUCGUCUCCGUCCUCUGAUGCUUCUGUUGGUGUAUCUGCUGUUUCCGACCAAACCGCCACUUCUACGACUCAUUCAACAACUGACGAGAAGAUAAAACACACUAAGACCAACGUGGCACCUGCAUCCACCACUGCUACACCUCCUACACCUGCUCAGAUGCCUUCCACAGCCGAACCCACAUCAGUCGUGGAGAUGUCUCAGCCGUCCACCCCUCGUCCCCCGCCUACAACUUCCAAAACGCCACCUGCGGUUACUUCGACCACACUGAUGAUCUCUACGGUUUAUCCGAGCAUCUCAGUGAGCGCCACGACUCAACAAGCUCCACCGACGUCCCCAACUGCUUCAGGAAGGGUCAUCACCGCAAAACAAACAGUCCCACCAACGACUCCAACAGUCGAAGCCACGACGCCAACAGUCCCACCCACGACGCCAACAGUCCCACCCACAACGCCAACAGUCCGAGCCACAACGCCAACAGACCAAGCCACAACGCCAACAGACCAAGCCACGACGCCAACAGACCAAGCCACGACGCCAACAGUCCUACCCACAACGCCAACAGUCCGAGCCACAACGCCAACAGACCAAGCCACGACGCCAACAGUCCCACCCACGACUCCAACAGUCCAAGCCACAACGCCAACAGUCCCACCCACGACGCCAACAGUCCCACCCACGACUCCAACAGUCCAAGCCACAACGCCAACAGUCCCACCCACAACGCCAACAGUCCCACCCACGACUCCAACAGUCCCACCCACAACGCCAACAGUCCGAGCCACGACGCCAACAGUCCAAGCCACAACGCCAACAGACACACCGACAACCAGACCCACUACCACUGAAACUGCAACCAUGGCAACCACACAGACCAUAACCACCCCGACUCCAACCGUAACCACCCCCGCUACCACCAAACCUGUCACAACUACCAUCAAAACCACAGCAGCUACCACUCCAACUGCCACAACCAGUACGACAGCGAUAACAACCACACCUCUUCCUCCAACUACAACAACCACACUUCAGACGACGACGACGUCAGAAUUAACCACCACCACACCUGUUCAGAGCACCGAGGCUCCCCGCUGCUCCGUGAACUUCACACAAAUCAGCGCAGACUCGAACUCUGCUGUUGUGACAUUUAACACAUCAGCUCUGUUCUGUAACUUCACCGUGUUCACUGGGGAGGAAAGCCGGGCUGAUGGCACAGACUGUGAGCUGCAUGGAGAGCUCAGUCACACCUUCAUCUGUCACAUCACGGAUCUGGAACCCGGGACUUUAUACCGUUUAGCGGUGAUUUCCAAGAAGGAUGGAGAGAGGAGCAACGCGUCAGUGCGCACAGACCCUGUCGGUCCAACUCAGCUGGACAUCAAGCUGGAUCCAGUUCAGGUUCAGUAUAAGAUGCUGUCUGUGGUCCAGACUGGUUCCACGGGUCUGCGGGUGUCCUGGACUCGCUCUGCGGGUCAUGUGGACUGGUAUGACAUCACUCUGGAGGACACCAGCUCUGGAUCCGGCCGCAGUACCCGGAUCAUGGGCACCGCAGCCCCGCAGUCGGGCUUCAGCUCCCUGGUCCCCGGGACUCUUUACACUGUAAGUGUGGUGGCUACAGCCGGGAACAAGAGCGCUUCACCUGUCCACAGCACAGCAGCUACAGCUCCCUCCUCUGUCAGCGACCUGCAGGUGGCGUCUUCCUCCUCACACAGCCUCAGAGUUUCCUGGCAGGUCGGUCCAGGCAGGACAGAGCGGAUCAGGGUUCUGCUCACGGAUCAGGACGGGGUUCUGUUAAGGAAUGUCACUCUAGAAAACACUGUGACCUCUGCAGCACUGGACAGCCUGCAGCCCGGGACCCUGUACAACGUCACCGUGGUAACAGAAGCAGUCGGCCUGCAGAGCUCCACGUUCAAACAGGCCGUCACAGUCCCAGUGAAGGUGUCAGAUUUGAGGCUGGACAACAACGGCAGCUCAGACACUCUGCAGGCCUCCUGGCUGCCACCUGAGGGGGGCGUGGACGUCUACCUGGUGACCCUGUCGGCUCCGGGAUACGCUCCUCAGCAGCUCCACCUGACUCCCAACAUCACCCAGGUGGUGUUCCAGGGACUGACCCCCGGUCGAAGCUAUCAGCUGUCUGUCAGCACCACAGCUGGAGGACAAAGCACAGAGACCAGGACCAGCGGGAGGACAGUCCCUGACCGGGUGUCGGCUCUCUCCAUGUCCAGUGACGGCAGAGCGCUGAAGGUCACCUGGUCGCGCCCCAGAGGCGACUGGGAGCACUACAGUGUGCUGCUGUGGAACGGUUCUGUGGCUCUGGUGAACGAGACGAUCGGUAAACCCAGCAGACAGUACACGUUCUCCGUCCUCGGCCUCGGCCUGGUGCCCGGACGCCUCUACAGGGCCGAGGUCACCGUUCACAGCGGCGUUCUGGGGAACACGGCGCACCCCCCCGCCUGCCUGCCCGCAGCCCCUCGGCCCGUCCAGCAGCUGCUCGUCCGUCACGCUGAUGAAUCCACGCUGAGCGUCCUGUGGAGUCGACCGCCCGGUGAGUGGGACGGCUUCACGGUGGUCCUCAGACUGGCGGACUACGCCACCGUCGUGGCUCAGAGGAUCCUCCCCUGGGAGGCCAGAGAGUGCACCUUCAACAUCCUCACCUCAGGACGCCUGUACACCGUCACCGUGAUGACCAACAGCGGCAACCUGAGCAGCUCGGCCUCUGUGACCGGAAGGACCACUCCAGCUCAGGUCACCCAGCUGCAGGUUUCUAACGGCGGCAGCACCGACAGCCUCCACACGCAGUGGGAACGAGCCUCCGGGGAUCUGGACUCGUACCGCGUCCUGCUGGUCCACGACAGCAGCGUCAUCAAGAACGAGAGCGUGACGGCCAACACCACCAGCCUCAGCUUCCACGCUCUGAGGCCCGGCGCCCUUUACAGGGUCGUGUUAACCACCGUCAGAGCCGGCAGGGCCUCCAGACAGACUGUCGCAGAGGGACGCACUGUCCCAGGUGCAGUGGGCGAGGUAACGGUCAGUAAUAACGGGCGCAUGGACUUCCUCAGCGUGUCGUGGCGUCCGGCUCUAGGUGACGUCGACAGUUACGUUGUAACGCUGAGAGACCGGGAGAAGAAGGUUCACACUUUGGCUGUUUCUAAAUCCAGCCCCGAGUGUGUUUUUAACUCUCUGGUGUCAGGACGUCUCUACAACAUCUCCAUCACCUCCCGCAGCGGCAACUACGAAAACCACACCUUCGUCCAGGCGAGAACACAGCCGUCGAAGGUGCAGGACCCCACGGCGAUCCACGGCGCCCGGGACGACUGCCUGAAGGUGUACUGGCGUGACGCGGCCGGAGACUUUGACUUGUACCAAGUGUCCAUCAAACACAACAACAUGUUCCUGCAGAACAAGACGGUCCCGAAAACACAGAACGAGUGUAUGUUUACCGACCUGGUUCCCGGCAGACUCUACACGGUGCUGGUGAGCACCUGGAGCGGAAGCUACGAGACCAUCGCCUCCACACACGGACGCACCUUCCCAGCUGCGGUGCGGUCCUUGUCUCUGGCCGGGCAGGGCACUGAGGACCUGCGGGUGACGUGGUCGGCGCCUCCGGGUGACGUGGAUCACUACGAGGUGCAGCUGCUGUUCAACGACAUGAAGGUGUUUCCUCCGACCACGCUCGGCAGCGGCGUGGGAGAGUGCGUCCUGUCAUCGCUCACACCCGGACGGCUCUACAAGAUCCUGGUCUCCACCUUCAGCGGCCCCAACCAGAAGGCCCAGUUUAUCGAGGGCCGCACAGUUCCCAGUAAAGUGAAGAACAUUGACGUGAGUAACAGCGGUGACAGCGGCAGUCUGAAGGUGAGCUGGACGCCGGGUCAGGGCGACGUGGACAGAUACUCGGUGUUUCUGUUCAGAGAGAGCCGCCAGCUGGACGUCCGGCCGGUCUUGAAACACGUCAACCAGGUGAACUUUGGUUCCCUGCAGCCCGGACAGCAGUACAGCGUGACGGUGCAGUCGAUCAGCGGAGAGCUGGUUAACAACAACACAGCCAGCGGACGCACAGUCCCCUCAGCGGUGACGGCUCUGCGGGUGGAGAACCUUCACUCUACCUGCAGCCUGCAGGUGAGCUGGCAGGAAGCUCUCGGCGUGUCUGAUGGAUACGAUCUGCAAGUUCUGGACGACAGAGGCGGUCUGGUGGCGAACUCCUCCCAACCCUCCGGAAGCACCGGGUGCAGGUUCGACGGCCUCACCCCCGGAAAGAAGUACCGCGUCCUGGUCCAGACCACCAGCGGAGGGGUCCACAGUCCGGCGGUCAGCGCCGAGGCUCGCACAAGCCCUGCAGCCGUCACCGAUCUGUCCGUUCAAACCAACACCACCAGCAGUCUGUCCUUCCACUGGUCUCCGCCGGAGGGCGAGUUCGAUUCCUACGAGAUCUUCCUGUACAACCAUGACGACACGCUGCAGAAGCAACGCCCCGUUCAGUCCAACAGCCAGACCUACUCCUUCCAGCGCCUCCGACCCGGAGCUCAGUACAAGGUGGUGUUACGGACCCGCAGCGGGGAGCAGACCAACGACUCCUUCAUCCUGGCCCGGACAGUCCCGGCAGCGGUGGCUUCUCUGAAGGCUCAGACUGGAAACCAGUCCGACGCUCUGUGGGUGAACUGGGAUCGAGCCGACGGCGAUCUGAGCGGCUACCGGCUGACUCUCUACAACCCCAACGGCUCGCAGCAGGCGGAGGAAAAGCUGGGGUCAGAGGUCACCGAGUUCGUCUUCCGUAACCUCGUACCCGGGCGGCUGUACCGAGCCGUGGUGCUGAGUCUCAGCGAAGAUCUCGCCAACAGAGCCAGCGCGCUGGGCAGGACGGCUCCCAACCCGCCGACCUCCUUCCUGUUCGGGGGGGUGACCAACACCUCCCUGGAGAUCACCUGGAGCGGCCCCGUCGGCUCCGACUACGACGACUUCGACCUGCAGUGGACGCCUCGCGACCAGCUGUCCGUCAUCAACCCGUAUCACAGCCGCACCUCCGGCAGCCGCAUCCUGAGGGGGAUGUACCCCGGACGCCUCUACAACUUCAGCCUCCGCGCCAUCAGCGGGGCCACGGAGCCCGGCGCCACGGAGCCCGGGGCCACGCCCACUUACAGCCUGCCAAUCCACAACAGCAUCCGCACCAAGCCGGAGCCAGUCCACAACCUCCACUGCCGCCCUCAGAGCUCCACCUCCAUCUCCUGCUCCUGGGCGCCCCCACAUGCCGACUACGACGUCUACAUCAUCGAGUGUCUGCACCAGGAUACACAAAAGCUGAUCUACUCACAACGCACCCACUCCACCUCCUACCUCAUCGGCCAGCUGGUUCCCCACAAACGCUACACCAUCUGCGUGAAGGUGAACUCCGACAGUACCACUAGCGAGGCGGCUCGAGAGAGCGUGAUCACCAUGAUCGACAGUCCUCCCCGCCCCCCUAUCCGGGUCGAUGAGAAGUCAGCUGAGGUCACCAAGUCCUCCAUCUUCUUCAGCUUCAACUGCAGCUGGUUCAGCGACGCCAACGGAGCCAUCAGGUUCUUCACCGUGGUGGUGACGGAGUCGGAGGAUAUGGAGAACGUCCCGCCGGAGCAGCAGCACCCUCUGCCCUCCUACCUGGACUAUAAAUCCAACAGCUCCAUAAAGUCCUACCAGACCAGCUUCUUCCCCAGCCGCUGCACCGACAGCAGCUCCCACAGCUUCGACAUCAGCGUGGGGACGGGCAUGGACUUGCUGGGAGGCUCCUGUGACAACAAAGACCCGGACCCAGAGGGAAACAGGGACCAGUUCUGUGACGGACCGCUCAAACCUAAAACUGCUUACAGACUCAGCGUUCGAGCUUUCACUCAGCUGUUCGAUGAAGAAAGAAACAGCUUCAUCGUCUCCUCGCCUCUGUACAACGACACGUUCCUGUCCCUCCCUCUGGUCACUGAGGCCGAGCCUCUGAGCGGUGUGAUCGAAGGAAUCAGCGCCGGCAUGUUUCUGAUCGCUGUGAUGGUGGGAGUCAGCGUUCUGCUCGUCUGCAGACAGAAAUCUCGCAAAGUUGUGCAGGAGAGAGCGACAGUCAGGAUGAGUCUGAGGAGAGACACCUCAACAUCAGGAGCUCACCCCGGGGUCAGAGGAAACCGUCGCAUCUCAAGUCCCAUCAAAAUCCUGAACUUUGAGUCUCAUUACAACAAACUGCAGGCCGACUCCAACUACCUGCUGUCAGAGGAGUACGAGGACCUGAAGGAUGUAGGUCGUAACCAGCCUCUGGACACCGCGCUGCUGCCGGAGAACCGCGGCAAGAACCGAUACAACAACAUCCUGCCCUAUGACUCGACGAGGGUGAAGCUGUCGUACGUGGAUGAUGAUCCCUGCUCCGACUACAUCAACGCCAGCUACAUUCCUGGUAAUAACUUCCGUCGGGAGUACAUCGCCACGCAGGGUCCUCUGCCGGGAACUAAAGACGACUUCUGGAAGAUGGUCUGGGAGCAGAACGUCCACAACAUCGUGAUGGUGACCCAGUGUGUGGAGAAAGGCAGGGUGAAGUGUGAUCACUACUGGCCGUUUGACCAGGACCCUCUGUACUACGGAGACCUGAUCGUCCAGAUGCUGUCGGAGUCUGUUCUGCCGGAGUGGACCAUCCGAGAGUUCAAGAUCUGCAGCGAGGAACAGCUGAGCUUCACCCGCCUGGUGCGUCAGUUUCACUACACCGUGUGGCCCGAUCACGGAGUCCCAGAGACCACGCAGUCCCUCAUCCAGUUCGUCCGGACGGUCAGAGACUACGUCAACAGGACUCCUGGAUCUGGACCCACAGUGGUCCACUGCAGUGCUGGUGUGGGUCGAACAGGGACCUUCAUCGUUCUGGAUCGUGUGCUGCAGCAGAUGGACACCAAGGACUCGCUGGAUAUCUACGGCUCCGUGUUUGACCUGCGUCUUCACCGAUCGCACAUGGUGCAGACUGAGUGUCAGUACGCGUACCUCCACCAGUGCGUACGCGACGUGCUGCGAGCGAGGAAGCUGCGCAGCGAGCAGGAGAACCUCCUCUACCCCAUCUACGAAAAUGUGAACUACACCGGCCAGAGAGAGACGCUGUGCACCAGACGUUAAAGAUUGUAUUGACUACUGAGACAUAUGUUGAGCACUACAGGGAAUUUUUAUUUUUCUAUCACUGUUUAUAUUUUCAUUUACAGAUAUUUCUAAAUAGAGAAAACUAUAUAAUUAUUUAUGCAUCUAACGUGUACAUAUGCUGACAUCAUAUCUGUAUGUGUUUGUAUAUAUUUUGCCCCAAUAUUUCUAUAACAGCUGCUUUUUAAGUUAAGUAUUGUUAUUGUGUUUUAGAAGAUAUAUAUAAUAUUUGCACAUUGCAGUUAUGUUAAAUGAUAGAAAAUAAUAAAGUCUGUAGUGCUUUUUUUUUGGAAAGUGAUUCAUAAUGCAUGGAUGGAUUUCUGAAAGGGCCUCCAGGGGCCUCCAGGGGGUCU